AUGAUGGCAUCGGCUCAACCUUGGAGGAGUGCCGCGAGGACUCUGUCCUGGACUCGAGUCGUCCCUCCCCGGGCGCGACAAGGGGCAUUGCUGCGCCGCGGAUGGCAGACCAGAUGCGUCCAGAUUCGCGCGGCGCCUGCGGAGGAGCCUGCUACCGUCAAUGGCGACCAUCUACCUAUCUCCAGCACCCCCAGCUCUGCUGAGUCUGCUGAUGCACGAUUCGAUGUCAUCGGCGCGCCCUACUCUCUACUAUCGGUUUCGCUCUCCGCUUCUCAGAACCUUUACACUCGUCGGGGUACCUUGGUCGGAUUGAGUGGAAAGGCAGACAAUGUGGUUUCUACAUUGAGCGUCCUAGAACCCUUCCGGAGGGCGGUCGUCGGCGUGCCGUUCCUCUACCAGAAGGUGUCUUCGGCAAGUCCAGUGACUGCGCUGGUUUCCGUUCGUUCUCCGAAUACUUCCUUUGCUGUCGUUCACUUGAAUGGCUCCGUGGAUUGGAUGGUGGCCCAGAAACGGGCAUUGCUUGCCUGGACGGGUCGCUCGCUCUCUAUCCGCCCAACUAUCAACACAAGUCUGAGCCUUGCCCACUGGGGUAGCUCUGAGGUCACAGGACGAGGUUUGUUGGCGUUGGUUGGUAACGGUCAACUCUAUUCCGUUGAGCUCAAGGCUGGAGAGCAAUACAUCGUUCACCCGAGCAACGUCGUUGCCUACACCAUGUCGUCCAACCCCCCACGCCCCUAUCGCUUCAAGUCUACGACCUUGAGAUUCCAGGUCCCGGGUCUUAAGAGUCUCCCCGCCUUCAUCCAGAACUCCAAGUUCAUCCAGGAUAUGUCGGAAUCGAGCACUUGGAAGUCGACAAUGAGGAUUAUGCACACGAUCCGUACAUGGUCUCGGAAAACCAUCUGGGGAGAUCGGUUGUUCCUCCAAUUCGAUGGACCCUCGACCAUCCUUCUACAGACCCGCGGUCCUCGUAUCAACGAGGUUCUGACCUCACACGAAGUUAACGAAAUCGCCAGUGCGCCUAGAGGCUUGACCAUUGGCCCGGCAAAGCCUACCGAGGGGAAGCGCCAACCAGGAGAGGAGUAUGUGAAGGCUGCUGAAGAAGCUGUUAAUGCUGGACCAGGACCACACAGAACUGUGGACGAAUUGACCAAUGAGCUCAAAGGCACGGAGCAAAGCAUUGCCACUUUGACGAAGGAGGGCAAGGUCAUCAUUGAGAAGGCAGGACAGAAAAACUAA